AUGUCAGAUUUGAAAGAUAAAGCAGCUUAAUUACUCUUUUCAAAAAUAUCGGACAUAGACACUAUUUGUUAUGAUAAAUGUGUUAGCACUCCCUAAAAAAAGUUAAAUAAUAAUGAAGAAUAUUGCUUAAAGUCAUGCACUAUAAAAUUGAUCAAUGCUUUAAAUUUCAUGCAUACUUUAAAUGAAAAUGGUGGAGUUGAUAGAAUUCAACCUUCUAAGUCCAAUUACUGA